UUGUUAAAAUCUGUAUACUAUACUGAUUAUAACAUUAUUUUAAUUGAGAAGGGAAUGAUAAGAAAUAUGAAAUUAAAAAUUUCUCUAAUUCAUCAGUACUUUUAUUCUUUAAAGAAAUUGGAAUUAUAACAUUGUUAUAGCGUGAACCAACUGUAGUGGGAGUAGUGAACUUCAAUGCAGCUGAAGAUGCCGCUGCUUUAAGAGCUGCCAUGAAAGGUUUUGGUACAGAUGAGCAAGCAAUUAUUGAUAUUCUGACCACCCGUUCUAAUGCCCAGCGUCAAGCCAUCUCUCAGGCCUUCACUCAUGAGUAUGGCAGAGACCUGAUUGAGGACCUGAAGUCUGAACUGGGAGGACAUUUCGAGGAUGUGAUAGUAGCUCUAAUGCUACCUCCUGAGGAGUACCUGUGCAAGGAAUUACACAACUGCAUGGAAGGAAUGGGCACAGAUGAGGAGACACUUGUGGAGAUCCUGUGCACGCGCACAAAGAGGGAGAUAGCCGAUAUCGUUGACGCGUACGAGCGCCUAUACAACAGGCCGCUAGCAGAACACAUGUGCUCGGAGACCUCCGGCGACUUCCGUCGUCUGCUCACGCUCAUCGUCACUCGUGCUCGGCAGGGGGCCAGGGACGAGGAGGGGGGCGUGGACGCGGCGCGCGCGCAGGAAGCGGCGCAGGCGCUCUACGACGCCGGGGAGGGCAAGUGGGGCACCGACGAGGAGAUAUUCAACAAGAUCCUGGCUCACGAGAGCUUCGCCCAGCUGCGUCUGAUCUUCGAGGCGUACAAGGGCAUAGCGGGGCGCACCAUAGAGCAGGCCAUCAAGGCGGAGAUCGACGGGGAGCUGCGCGACGCGCUCUCCGCCAUCGGUAAGUAUUCACAGUAUAGGAGGGGGGGGGGGGGUUAUGCUGUACCUAAGUCUAGCAAAUAGA